AAAAUGUCCGCGUGAGGGCGUUGUGGCGGUUUAUUACUAAGCAAGUUUUCGCAUGACACGUCCUUGAAUAGUGUUACGUGUCACAUUGAAACGAGCGGUAGUGUUUGUCGUCCGCGUAAAAACCGUUGUAACUUGAAAUAAGACACUAAUACAGAAAAGGUAAGUGUAUUAUCCAUUCAAGAUUAUUCUUAUAAAAUGUAAUAUUUUUUGUUAUAACAAUACUUGUCCUAACAAUUUAUCUUGUAGUUGGUUUAUAUUUGUAAUAUAAUGUUACAUUUCAGUUUAUAACAAAUAAAAUACCCAGUACUAUCUUGAAAAGUGAUACAUUUUAAUUUGCCACCUUAUAUCAGAUAAAAAUAUUACAGUCUUCAAAUUCAUUAAUAAAAAAAUAUUGUAAUAUUAUGAGUUGUUGCAGUUUUUAAUAAUUUGUUUGUUUGAUAUUUUUUGUAAUUUAAGUAAGAUAGAGAUUAAUUUUGCCAUAUUACCCUAUUCAACAUUUUUCCAAAAGAUUUUUAUUUAUAAUUUAAAACAACGUAACCGUUAUUUAACUUUAUUACCAUAUUUGAGAAACCAAUUUGUUUGCAUUAUACUGUUUGGUUUAAUUUAAAUAGAACGAAUUGUCAUUGUAACUAUGUUUAUGAUGAUAAUGUCUUACAUCGUAUCAUUAAAAGUAUCUAAAUGUAGCAUUGUUUGAAAUUAUAAUGGUAUAUUCUACUUCAUAAAUUUUUAAAUAAGUACCUACCUACCUCUUAGCUGCGACAAAAAUAUGUUGUAUCUGUAUGUAGGUACUUAGCACUUAGUUACUGAUUAUGUCCAUAUUUUAAAUAACACUUUCAGGCUUGAAUAAUGAGGAGAGUCGACAGAAUAUUGGAUUUGGCAAAAGCAUUAAAGGACGAAGAAUCCGAUAAUAUACGAGAAAAAGAGAAUAUUGAGCCUACCGUUUCGUCUUCAAUAAUACAUUCUACUCAUGGCGCUAAUCCUAUACAAGACAAUAUUUCUAAAGAAAAAUCGUCAUCAGAUUCUUCAAAUUCAUCGAGUUCCAGUUCGUCGUCAUCAUCCUCAUCGGAUACAGUAUCUGUCAUAGAAGGCUCCGAAGCCAGCUUUGUAGAAGACUUGCUUAUUUGGGACCAAUAGCUUUAAGUGAAAAUAAAAAGUCUGAUUUAAAAAGUCUGUUAAAGUCUAAUCAUAUACCUAAGUUCUAUAAAGGAUUUUAUAAAAGUCUUUUCCAAGAUAAUGAUUAAGUGUUGUUUACUAAGUAUGUUCUGUAGGCUGUGAUUAUUUUACUAAGAUUACUAGCAAGGGUAUUAUUGAUAAGAGGAUUAUUGAUUAUGUCAUUAAGUACAAAAAUUUUAUUAGUUUCAUAGAAGAGCGAAGUAAUACCUAGUAAUAAGGUAUUUUUUUCGAAGAUUUUUAAAGAUUGUUAAGUUUUUUUUUUGUGUUCUCAUAAUUGUAGGUUGUGUUUUUUGUUACUACGAGUAUUAUUACUGUACGGGUAUUGAUUAUAGGGUUGAUUAUGUGCCAUAUUUUAUUAACGUACCAAAUUGUCUCUCAUUAGAUUAAAGUGUAAAGUGUAGUUUACGGAGCUUGAGAUAGAGAAACUAUCUAAAGUAACGAUUUAUUAAUAAUGUAAGUAUAAUAAAUAAUAAUUUUGUUAUAUUCAUUAUUGUUUGCUAAACUAUUUCAUUAAACUGAUUAAAAAAUAUAUAUUGCAACAUUA